UCCAUCCGGGCCUUCGCUAUAUUAUUUUCCCAGCAAACCGCAAUGAUAAUAUAUUGCAGAGACAUAGAUUAUGUGAUUUCGUCGACAAAAUGGAAGUGUUUACUUCAGCGGAGUGGGCACUGAUUCAAACUCGAUGUCUAAGAUGAAGAAGACAUUGAACAGGGUGCUUACAAAAUUUGAGCAACUGAAAGCACCCCCAAACGCAGAUUGUGGGGUGGAAGAAACAUUGCGCACAGAUCAUUUUCAAGUGUGCAAGACGGUCCGAUAUGGAUUUCCAUACGAGCCGACAUCAGUAGCAUUCGAUCCAGUCCAGCAUCUCCUAGCGAUUGGCACAAAAUCAGGGUCGCUUCGAAUAUUGGGAAGACCUGGGGUGGACAUCCACUGCAGCCAUGGAACAGAGGUGGCAGUUAUACAGAUCCUGUUCCUUAUUAACGAGGGUGCACUUGUUACCGUUUGCUCAGAUGACAGCAUACACCUUUGGAACUACAGACAGAAAAGGCCAGAAAUCGUUCACACUCUCAAGUUCCAAAGAGAAAGGAUAACCUAUUGCCACUUGCCUUUCCAGAGUAAAUGGCUGUAUGUAGGCACAGAGAGGGGAAAUGUCCACAUGGCCAAUAUUGAGACUUUUACCCUGUCUGGUUAUGUCAUCAAUUGGAACAAGGCUAUUGAACUAUCAAGGAAGACGCACCCUGGUCCAGUGGUCAGUUUGACCGACUGUCCUAUAGAUCCCAAUAAGUUAUUAAUAGGAUUUGAGACGGGGACCAUUGUGCUGUGGGAUUUGAAGAGUAAAACAGCUGAGUGCAGAUAUAACUUACCUGAGGCCCUGCGUUCUGUGUCCUGGCAUCAUGAAGGGAAACAGUUCAUGUGUAGCCACACUGAUGGGAGCAUCACCACAUACAACAUCAAACAUCCACAGAAGCCCGUCAGCGUUAUGAUGCCACAUGCUCAGAUGGGCAAAGAUGGCAAACUCAACCCAUGUAAACCAAUAACCAAAGUGGAGUGGAAAUCAGUUAGAAAUGGAGAGCCCUUGAUCAUCUUUUCUGGGGGGAUGUCCUAUGACAGAGCUGGGAGAACACCUAGUAUCACUGUUAUGAACGGCAAGAGUACCACAGCCCUGGAAAUGGAGCACAAUAUUGUAGACUUUGUCGUGCUCUGUGAAACGCCCUGGCAAAAUGACUUCCAGGAACCCUAUGCCAUUGUGGUCCUCCUGCAGUAUGACCUUGUGGUAGUGGACCUGACCUCCCCUAACUACCCCUGUUUUGAAAACCCCUACCCCAUGGACAUUCACGAAUCUCCGGUCACCGCGUGUCAGUAUUAUGCAAACUGUCCGCCCGAUCUCAUUCCUGCAUUCUACUCUGUGGGGUCCUCUCGCCAGAAACGCUCAGGAUUCAGUGAAAAGUCCUGGCCAAUAAAUGGUGGAGAGUGGGGAACAUCAACGUGUAGUUAUCCUGAGAUCUUUAUCACUGGGCAUGCUGAUGGUUCGUUAAAAUUUUGGGAUGCUUCUUCAGUGACUUUACAAGUGUUAUAUAAACUCAAAACUGCCAAAAUAUUUGAGAAACCAAAAAAGAGAGAGGAAUCUCGUAGUGAAAACCGUGACAGUGUCGGUGAAAACCAGAAAGAAGGUUCUGAAUCGGACCCGGACCCCUUCGCUGUGUAUCUAAUACAUUUGUGUACUGAGUCUAGGAUUUUAUGCUUUGCGGGAGCUACUCAUUUAGUGCUAUGUAGAUUUUCCAAACAGGAAUUAAAUGUGGAAGUGCAGAGUUUAGAGUUUUCCAUUAUUUAUCAUGAUAUUCUGGAUGAGAUGGAGUCCCCUGAUAUAGAUAACCAUUACCGGCCCUGUUUAGGGGUGGUAGCUCAGAUACAGAGUGGAAGCAGGGAGUCAUACUCAAGCAAUGCAUCUGACCACAGCUCCAAGAGCGAUCCUUGGACGGCGGUGAAGGUGCGGUCUGGGAGCAGGAAAUACUCAGCGGGCUACUACCCAGACCUGGUGUGUGUGUUACAGUGGUUAGACAGCAAAGAGCCGGGGGAGGGCAAGGAACACCCCGGCAAUAUCACAUUUAUCUCCAUGAACUCAUCAUACGGACUACUGGCAUUUGGAAAUGAGUCUGGGUUGGCAAUAGUAGAUUACAUACAGAAAACUUGUCUGUUAAACCUGGGCACUCCUGACUUGUACGGUUCUAUGGAUCCUUACAACCGGGGGCCGAGAUCACCUAGGAACAAGAGGUUCCCCACGGAUGGAUCGGGCACCGAGGAUGGGGCACGAUCCCCCACUAAUGAUCAGUCUAGUCCUCCAACAAGUCCCAAUUUAGUCGUUAAACCCCGGAAAAAGCACUCGCACGAAAAACUUGUUCCCAUGCAAGCAAUUCACGAGAGAUUAUCUCAGGAAAUUGACGAUUCUUUGAUUGCGCAAGAGAAAAAUAACAAUGACAGUGACGCCAUAGAGGUAGGGGUCCCUGCUGAAGAGCUGGACAAUAUUGUUAAUAAUUUAGAUGAAAAUUACUUUGAGAAAGGUAUGAGGUGUCAGUUACAGAACUUGAGCAGGCCCCCGGGCCAGGGACACUUAGAACGUGCUGCCUCAGUGCCAAGUCCCCCCUCGCCAAAGCAGGAGGUGAUCUCUAAAGCUUUUUCUGAGGGGGCCAUUUCAAGAAAGAAAACGGCUUCCAAAACUGUGUCAGACCCCUCACACCAUAAUAGCUUACUUGGUGAAAAGGAUGACAGCAAUAAUGGUAGACCUAGGUCUUCCUCUGAUCCAGAUGCUGACGUGUCAGAACUGAAACACGCUGAACACAGCACUCAACACAAAACAAGGAGAGUUUCAUUGACUGCUCUGACAUUCAAAAAAAAUAAACACAAAAACAAACACAAAGAAAAACAUUCAAGUGAAUCGAGUAACGGUUGCGAGUCCUCGGCAAAAUCUGAUGACGAGAGCAAGUCCGCCCACCACCGUGUUCACGAUGUUCACAGCGACGAACAUUCCGACAGCGACCUAGACGAACAUCCACCACCUAAAAGCUUUCUCAGGAGAAUGAGCGUCAAAAUGAAAAAUAUUGUCAUGGGAAAUGACAAGGAAGAAAAGAAAUUCAAAGUCGAUAUCAUAGAUUUAACAAAUGACAACGGGAAAUUCUGCCACGAAAGGGUGUCCGUGGACGAACUGCAGAAUGCAAUUUUACCUGUUUUCCUUAAACCUGAGAAUUGUGAUAAGACAGACACGGCGUCGUUCUCGCGAUCACGUAGUUCCAGUAUGUCCAGCCUAGACAAUGUGUCAAAAGAAGCCAUCCAGUCACUAGUGUUCUCAGAUUCCUACACAGGAAAAACAGAUAGCUUCACAUGUCCGUGUCUGUGGGUGGGAACCAGUUUAGGAUCUGUGAUUGUGAUAGUACUGAAUCUACCUCCCCCGGGACAGCAGCGAUUGGACCAGCCCGUCAUCGUGUCUCCCAGUGGUACAAUGUUUAGAUUAAAAGGAGCAAUACUCACUAUGUCUUUCCUUGAUUGUUAUGGGGUGCUAAUACCUAGUAUGUCUGACCAGUGGCGAGAUAACCCAGACAAGGAGAAAGAGAAAAAAAAUUUCAGGCAAAAUACUGUGUCUCAAAAACCAAAAAUCUCUCCAACUUCAUCAACAGAAAUCAAUGGUGACAAGCAAUUUGUUGUGAUAUGCUCAGAAAAACAAGCAAGGGUGAUUUCCUUACCCUCCCAACAAUGUCCUUAUAAGACCAGGAUUACAGACUCCUCAUUUGUAGUCAGGGCUGAUGUAGUUACUCUUAGAGAUUCCGUUUGUCUUGCAUGCUAUGUGGCUAAUGGUCGAAUCAUGGCAUUCAGCUUGCCCAGUCUCAAGCCUCUCCUUGACAUUGAUUUCCUACCCCUGAAUGAUGUCAGGAUCGCUCGCACGUUUUGUUUCAGCAGGAACGGCCAUGCCAGUUACCUUUGCUCAGCCACAGAAAUUCAAAAGAUAACAUUUUCUGCUGAUAUGAGUGAUAACUUGAAUGAGAUGCUGGGAGAACUCUUCAAACCUUGUGAGACACCUGAACCCCCAAAACAAGGAUUCUUCAAGAAUUGGUUUGGAUCAGGACAGUCCACACUGGAUAGGGAAGAGCUGUUUGGGGAGGCCAGCGGUAAGGGACCCCGAGGUCUAGCUACCAAGCUCCAGGGUAAGGGAGGUAUGCAGUACGUACAGUCUCAAGCCGCAACUGGCAAUUCAGAAGUAGCCAAAGCUCACAGGGGCUUCAUUGAAAGAGGUGAAAAACUGGGAGAGUUGGGAGAACGUUCAGAACAGAUGCGGGAACAUGCUGAGAAUUUUGCUUCCGACUCCAGAGCUCUGAUGUUGAAGUACAAAAAUAAAAAAUGGUACCAAUGGUAACAGCUCCGUUUCGAGACAUUUCUCAGAACAGCCAUUUAGGGUGUUAAACACAACAGCCAAAUAGUGUUCUUCAUGGGAAAAAUCGCAUGAAUAACCAUCAUGUCCAUUCAAAGAUGUGAUCAGGUGCAGAGAAUGUUCAUUUAUUGGGCAUGGGCUGAAAAAUGAAGAAUUAGGUUGAGAGAGAGGGGAUUUUAUUGGCAAGGCAGAGUAAUGCUGGUAUGAAGUGGGUUUCUUUAGAUUCAAGGAGGGGGGUACAAUGUAGACAUUUGUAUUCCAUAGCCACAUUUUCUCUAUGUAUAUCGGUGAGACUUUUGAAAAUAUUCCAUUUAGAGAUUUUCUUUUUCAGCUGUCUUUUUUGUUAUCUUCAUGAAUAUUUUAUUUAUCAUAUCCAGAUAUAUCUACCAGAAGUGGUACUCAAAGGAGGGUUAAGAAAAAUCAGUGAUACCUUUGUUAGAAAACUUGACAAAGCUCUUAUGUGCAAUAUUUUUGUUUUUUGUUUUGUUAAGAGGUGGCACAUGACUAUUAUGUGUAUACUGUUUUUCAGUGUGAUAUUAUCAAUUUGUUUGGGUGGAAGAAAUAUUUUUGAUUUUGCGUUUGAUUCUCAAAUGAAACUGCAAUGAACUUGUCAAAGACAAAUUAUUUUUCUUCACCAUAGUUAGGUUAUACUAGAUUGGUAAAAUCGUAUAGUUUUUUAUUUGUUAGAAAGUGUUUAUCAUUAUGCUUAUCUCAAACAAAAACAUUAUGUUCAAUACUAUCCCUUUCUUUUAUUCAAAUAUAGUUAGAUAAAAAAAAAAGAUGGGACCAUCUGUAAAAAAUGGAUUGUUUGCUCUCUUUUGACCGACUUGCUAACAAUGGCCGGACUCAGAACUCUUUAACCUCAAGGAAACAAUUUUUUUUAAAUAUCGAAUUUUCUUACCCUGUCAACAUGUAUCUUUGUAAUUUUUUUUAAUUGAAUAUAUUAGUUAUCUUUGAUUAUUAUCUGGUUUUAAGUCAUCAAAAUUUUUGGAACUCAAUUUUUUCUUCUUUGAUUAAAUUAUUGAAUUUAUUUAAAUUCAGAUGUAAACAAUUUUCAAAAAAGUCUGUUUCAUUUUGAUUGGUUGUAAAUAUUUAAUUAAUAUAUAAAUACAUGUAUAUAGUGAGUACAAUAUAUACUAUCUAGCUUAGACACUGUAAAAAUGUAAAUUUUGUAAAUAGAGUAUGUAUGGCUCUGAGAAAAAAAUAUGUAGAUGUAUAUAUGCUUUCCUACUUGUCCAACCAUGUUUUGUAUGGUUUUUUACUUUUAUUUGUAUUUUGGUUUCUCUGUCAUUUUUAAGGUAUCUAAAAGUGUCUGUUUUUUAGUUUUCUUAGUAAAUUUGUUCAAAUCAAGAUGAAAAGGAAUGAAUGUACUAAAAUAGAAUUGAAGAGUAUGUGACUAAAAUUCAUUUAAACUGUGGAUACAUCCUUUUUUUCACCCAAAAGGACACAACUCUGCAUUAAUAAUAAGGUAUAACGUGUUAACACUGGAUACAUUUUUUUCCUUUCAAAAGGACACAAUAUUGCAGCAGACACGAACAUGGUAUAAACAGUAAACUCUGGGUACAUCCUCUUCUCCUCCCAGAAAGGACACAAUACUACAUCAUCACUUACUUGUAUUUAGCCUUCUCAUUCUCCUGUUAUCAUCUGUUAUAAUCAGAUUCUGUUCAUUUCUUGUACAUGUACUUUUUAAAGCAAACAAUAGCAAUGGAAUGUGUAUGUAAAAUAUGUACAUUUCAAAGUCAAAAUAUUUAUAUUUAUUGUAUAUAUAUACUAACAAUGUAUAUAUAUUUUUUAUUUACACAUUGGUUACUGGGUAUUUUUUUCCCUUUAAGUGCUUUGUUUUCUUAUGUCUCGGACUUUUUUUCCUUUUAUGGUAGCUUCAUACUCUGAUAUACUGAACAAAAAAAAAAAAUUAUUGAAUACUUGAAUGGUUAUAUAUUGGAUUGAAACUGCAUACAGCCUUUCAUUUUUGAUAUGAAAAACAUUUAACAUAACUUGGAGUGGGGAAUAUUAAUUUUUAAUUUCUUAUUAACAUUGUUGACCUGAUUUAAACACAGAACAAAUCUUAUGUAUGAAAUUAAUAAAGCAUACAUAUAUAAGUAUAUAUACUUUUAAACAGCGCCAUCUAUCUUAUUGCUCAUCGUGCUAUGAUUGUAAAUGCAUUCCAGAAAUUAUUUUUGUUCUUGCAUUGUUUCAUAUGAUCUCACUGUUUUCAUUCUAUAUCAGAACAAAGAUUUUGUUGUUACUUUUUUUUCACUGUGUUCCCUUUUUUUACAGUGUUAAUGUUGGCAUUACUCGUAGUUUCAAAUGAAGAUGUGAGUGAAAGUUCUGUGAAAAUUGUGUGUGAAGACUCCGUUCUUUCUAAAACUGAAACAUAUUCAUUUUUUUUUAAACAAAAAAGAUUAUCAGCAUUGCAAUUAACAUAUACCAUAUUUUUUUCCUUUCAUUUCUCAGAGACCCAAAGGUAUAUCUUUAUAUUAUAUUUUUUGUUCAUUGACAUAGUUACCAUAACUUUAAUUUUAUUAUGAAAAAUGGUGUUUUUACAAAGUGCAUGCAUACUUAAUCUGCAGCACAUACAAUGUAAAACUUGUCCUGAAUUGCAACUUGAUAUGUAACACAAAAACUGAUCAGAUUGAAAAAAAAGUUUUGUCAGUUUGACCUUGACCUCCUGCUUUAAGGUCAUUUCCUUGGUUACAUAGACUGAAUGGUAUGGCUGUUUCUUGUUAAGUAUCAGUUGUGAUAUUGUUGAGAAUUAGCAUGAUGCUGUCAAGUAUGUAGAAUAUAAAGUCUAUUAUAAAUGCA